AUGAGUGACGACUUGGAGCCCGGAGUAAUAGACGCCGAACUGUUGAGGCAUCUGGUUCUCAAGCAACGGCCGAAAGGGGAAGCUGGCAGAAUAAGCGGCCCGGUGAUUCUGGAAGAAGUGCUCGUCAUACGGCUGGAUGACCUCAAUAUCCUAAGAAUUGAUAAUCUGUGGAUGAUGACGUCCCUUGUGAAACUGCAUCUAGCACUGAAUAAAAUCCAGAAGAUAGAAAAUUUGGAUGCCCUGGUAAAUCUGAAAGAAUUGGAUUUAUCCUUCAACUACAUAGAAGUUAUAGAGAACUUGGAUAAUUUGACUAAGCUUGAAAUCUUCACCAUAUACAAUAACAGCAUUUCAAAGGUGGAGAAUAUGGACAGUUUAGUCAAUCUUAGGCUUUUCAGCAUUGGAAAAAACAAAUUAGCAGACUGGGACAAUGUUGUAUAUUUGAGACGCUUCUCCCUGUUGCGCACACUUAAUAUGGAUGGUAAUCCAUGUGCAGACAUAGAUGGCUUUGCUGAAUUUGUUUAUGCUUGUCUGCCAAAACUGGUGUACUAUCAUUACCGUUAUAUUCACCCCCGCGAUAAGGAAUUAGCACGGGAGAAAUACAGUGAUACAAUUGCAGCACUUGAAAAGACUGAGACAGAGGCACAGGUUCACAUUGAGCAACAGAAAGAAGAAGAGAAAAAAUCAGAGCUAUAUUCUGCAGCAUUUGUUGAGCAACUAGACAGUGACCAGCUUUUCAACUCAUUGUAUGAAGGUGAUGAAGAGGGCAAGGCACUCUUGAAAAUAGGAGAUGAAGCAAUGGAACUCUAUAACAAAUUAUCCUUAACACAAUUCUGAUUUCAUGAUGAAUUCUGUGGCCUUACACAGAAAUUAUUUGAGCUUGGAUUAGAGAGAUAUAAAAUACGUCAAGAAGAAAUGCAACAGUUUACCAAAUGUGUGGAUGAAGCAAAAGAAAACAAUGCUCAAGAAACUGAAGAAAUGAUGGGAAACUUCUUUGAAAAGAAAGCUCUAAUAUUCCUAGACUUAAAGCGAGUUAUGAAAGGCAUGGAAAGUUCCGAUAUUGAUGUACAGAGUCAUUAUGAUCAGUUAGACAUUACUGCAGUUGAGUUCCACAAUUUAUGUGAAACAACUGAGACAGAAUUGAUGGCUGCUGAGUUAAUUCUGAAUAACCAACUGGAGAAAACAAAUGCCGCUUUUGAGAGAAACUUAAUUGAACUUGUCUCCACAUUUAUUAAGGAUGCUCAAGCUAUAUUUGUUGAAUGUCGUAAUUCACAGCAAAUAUUCAAUGAACAGUUGUCAGACUGUGCAAAUCGCUACCUCAGCAAUGUUAUCACAAAGGCGGAUGACCCAAAGCUUCGUAUACCCCGUGAACUACAACAGAUAAUGACUGACAAAGAGGCACUGAACAAAGCAACAGGUGGCUCACACGAUUAUCACACACAAAUAAUUAAUGGCCGUGAAGAUGUACUCGUCAAGAAAGCAAAGAAAUGGGCCAGCGAUACAUGUGCAGAUAUACACAGGGAAGUACAUAUUACAAAUAAUUUUAUUUGUGAAUAA